AUGGCAGGUCGGAGCAGCGGCAGCAAGCGGCGCAUGACGCUGCAAGAUGCGCAAGGCGCGCCGAUGGCCGGUUUCGCCGGGCUCUUUGUCGGUCUUUGCCUCGUAUUCUCCUUCAUACCGCUUUCGACCUUCUUUCCUGGCUACGACACCAGUCCCACAGGUCAGCAGUCGCUACCGCGAAGACUCCAGAACGACCUGAACCUACCGCAGCCCGUAUGUAAGACCGAAUUCUCCAACCUCUACCAGCAGCUUAUGGCCAACGAGGCGGCGUGGCGGCGCAAAGGCGGGAUCAAGCACGCCGACGUUCAGAAUGCCGCGCAGAACUGCCGUCACGGUUGCGUCCACGUGGUGAUCAAGUAUGGUCAGAUCUUUGUGCGUGGUCAGGCGAAGGACUGGCAGAGCCGCGUGCGGUCGACGCUGCAGCUGCUUGCGAGCGCAUACCAGGGGGCGAGCGAGGAGGAGAAGGAUGCCAUCGAGGGAGCCGAGCUCGUAAUUUCAACGGCGGACUUUGAUGGCUUUACAGACCCUGUAGGCAGCCGAGGCGCGGGGUGGGUGUUGGAUCGAAGGGUCGGCGAUAAGGAGGGACAGUAUCUCUUCCCCGACUUCUCCUUUGCCAGUUGGCCAGAAGCGGGCAUUGCCUCGUACCCCGAGUUCAGGCGGCAAGCGGCGCAAGUAAAUGCGGAGACGCCGUGGAGGACCAAGUCCAACCCAGCCUUCUGGCGAGGUGACGCUCUGGCGGGAAACCACAUCAAGCCGCGCGAGUCGCUCCUCAGCGUCGCCACCGGUCCAGGCUCCGAGCUGUGGUCCGACGUAAAACGCACCAGCUUCUGGGAAGAAGGUCCGGAUAUCGGAAAGAUCGUCUCGCCCCCAGAGCAUUGUCGGCACAAGUUCCUGGUUCAUUCCGAAGGCGUGGCCUAUUCGGGGCGAAGCAAGUUCAUUUUGGGUUGCGAGUCAACCGUGGUCAUGCACGCACUGGAGUGGGAACAGCACUUUCACCCUGCGCUCAUUUCAAACCCCAACUCGGCGGACAGGAACCAUGUUCUUCUCGACGGGGCGUACUUCGAGGGUUUGCCGGCGACGAUGCAGGCGUUGAUCGCAGAGGAGCGGGCCGGAGGGGGGAUGACGACGGGAGAACGCAUUGCCAGGAACGCAAAACGAACUCUGACGGACCGAUACCUCACACCGGCUGCGACAGCGUGCUAUAUCAGAGCCGCACUGAUCAGCUACAGGAGGGCGAUGGACGCGCGCAGCUGGCCCACAAGGCAGGGCGCCGUGCUGGAGCUCGGUGGGGGAGUCAAGCCGGGCGCAGGGACGCCCAAGGGGACGUUGAAGGAGUUGGGCGUCAAGGGUGACAUCGAGUACGGCGUCUGGUUGAAUUUGGGCAUGCCCGAGUGGCCGCCUCAAUGA